UUUUACGGUCUCACCACGAUUACCAACUGCGAAGACGGACUGAGAAGUUGAAGAAAGGAGAUUGUGAAUUUGUGAGGGGAGGGAGCGAUAGAGAAAUGGCAGGACUGAUAGCAUGGGCAGCCGAUGUGGUGGGAGGGGGUGGUCAAUCCAACGACGAGGACGACGCCAAUUCAAUCCCAAUUGUUUUCUCUCCCGAUCAGCUCAACUACGUCAGGGAGUUGGAUGGGAAAGCUGCUUCUCUCCGCCGUGCCAUCCAGGAUCUGCGGCUCAGAAUCCCCCCAUCUGAUAUCUCCCAACGCCUUCCACAUCUCCAUGCCCACUCCCUCGCUUCCAAUGCCGAUCUUGCCCUGCAGUUGAACUCCCACUCCGCUACCCGCCAACAGGCUCAACUGAGAGCGGAGACGCUGCAAGAAGAAAAUGCUGCAUAUGAAAAGGCUAUAUUAAAUUGUGAGAAUAAAAUACAGGAAAAAUUGCAGGAAGCAGAAUUUCUUAAAAUGAAGUUAAAGGAAAUGGAUGAGAAUGAGAACAAUUUGAGGAUUGAGCUGGAAAGUGCACAACCUACACUUAAUACCAGCCAAUCUCGAAAAUCGGGUGAUGUGGUGGUUGAAUCUAAGACAACAAUUGAAGCUCAAGCAGACACAGAUGCUUCCAAAUCUUCUAUUCUAGACAAGUUGGAGAGCAAGAGAAAAGAACUGUCUUCGAUGGAAGAGACAGUUCAAGAUUUAGAGAAAAAAUGGUCAAAAGUUCAGGAUAAUGCACUGAAACAGCCUUCCCCAGUUCAGAGAGAGAAGAUAUUGGAUAAACAGCUUCAUAGCCUAAUUGAGCAAUUAGCAGCAAAGCAGGCACAAGCAGAGGGUCUGGUGAGUGAAAUUCAUCUGAAGGAGCAGGAGCUAGAAAGAUUAAAUGGGCUGUGGAGGAGGUUUCAAACCAGCAAUACAGAUGUGAAUACUGCUAGGAAUCGGUUUGGAAGAAACAAGCCUCAUAACAUUGGCGGUCGAACUGAGAUCCAACAGAGGCUCAUGCUACUCAGGUCUGCUUUUGUGCUUUACAUUUUAGCCCUGCACAUCUUGGUCUUCAUCAAGAUUUCUUUCUGAAGAUCAUCCUAACACGUCAUUUUUCCUGAAGAUGUUGUUCCCAUGCUGAACUAGAAGUUGUGAAGUAUUUCUUUCUUCUUGAUGUUGCUAUUUCUUUUGCUCCUGGUUGUAUGAAAAUGUUUAUGUAUAUUAUGAAAUGUCAUUGGCUCUUUUCUCAA